UAUACUAAUACACCGACGGAGGUAGUCCCUGUUGUUUCGUUGUGUAAGCUGGUCUAGUGUGGUGCAGUUAGUCGUUGUAAGUUAUAUAUUUAUUUUUAUUUUCAUGACAAAAAAAUAAGGUUAGAAAUUAACCCAGAAUUGUAUAUAUACUCAUAGCUAUAUACCGCACUGAUACACACAAAAUCGUCUUGUCAAAUUAAUCGAUUUCUACACUUAGUCUCAACACGAUUGCAGGAAAGACACAGUUUCUAUCUCUCUCUCUCUCCUGUUGGAUAGCGUAUGCUUAAAUUGAUCGCUAGCACGUGCCUGCUCAUUGAUAAGUCUACGGUACAUUGGAAAUAGCUCGUAUUCGUGAAUUCUACAAGUGUAAUCUCUCGUGUAUCGACUACAUUGACCUGUUGUGUCGCCAUUUACUGUCAACAGUAGGUUAAACACACGUGUAGGUAGUGUGCCGCUCAUUGAACAAGAGCAUUUGUAUUACAUUUUUUUGGAAUCUUCUGUUCAAUUCACAAUAUCACGUGCGCUUGACUUACAAAACUGCACGAAAUUUGCUACAUGCUCCUCUAUCUUUGAGCAGUAAAUGAUUCUCGGCUUGGCACUAAACAAUUUCAGUCGAUAUUGCUGUAUAUGCUCAGUGUUAAAAACCUGCUAACCAUUCUCUACAAUCGCGGCCUCCUGAAUUUUCACUGUAGCACAGUCGUGUUGAGCGCACGUGUGCCUCAUCUUUGAAUCAGCUGAUAUCUGUUCUGCUCUCAUCUAAGAGUAUUGUGUUUUGUCUGGAUAUCAAACCUGACUCUUACCCUUGCGUACGUGUGUCCGUGUAUAACGUGUGUGUCUGUGUGUGUAGGUGAAUACGCAACCCACGCGCAUAUAUUUUUAUCAAAUCGACCUACUAAAUUAUCAAAUUAAUUACAUAACAUUUGUCUGUUUUCAUUGGCAUUUGGAGGAAGAUUUUCUGUGAUUACAUCCUUUUGAUAUAACCUAGUCUUCUCUGUCAUCACAAGGAUUCUCUCCACAGUGUGUGCUUGUGUGUUGAAGCAAUAACGUGCACUGUGUAUUUUAGUUACGACAUCCAGCCGUCAGCUUCCUCUCCUCUUUCUUGACAUACGGUAAAUGGCUACUUUAGCGAACGGAAUGCUCCAGGAUAUUCAUUCAUUGCAUAAUGGCUCGCAACUUGCUCAUCCACAGCAGUCAGCUAGCAUCCCAAUGAAAGAUCAUGAUGCCGUUAAGUUAUUUGUGGGUCAAAUUCCACGAAACCUGGAAGACAAAGAUCUGAGACCAGUGUUUGAGGAAUACGGUCAGAUUUACGAGUUAACGGUGCUGAAAGACAGAUUUACUGGGCUUCAUAAAGGCUGUGCAUUCCUCACAUAUUGCAGUAGAGACAGUGCUCUGAAUGCCCAGCAGGCGUUACACGAACAAAAAACAUUACCAGGGAUACGGUCAUUUAGGGCGUGCCAGGUUUUGGUGGCGGAGGAAAGCCAGUGUUUCCGGAGAAAAAGCACCGACCUGCGGUCAGUACCUGGUGACAGCCCCACGUAUAGGCCUCGAACCAACGACCCAGUAGUGGAGGGUUAG